CUGGUGCGAGGCUCGUCCGGUCCCCGGUGCUCCCCUGGCCCGGCUUGGGCCCGCUCCAGCGGCACCGGCUGUGCCCCCGCCAUCACGGAGCGGCGGGAGGCGAGGAGGGGGUGUCCGACCCCCCAGCGCUGCAGAGGCAUCCCGGGAGCGCCGGCUCUGGGGCCCGAGCAGCCCCCCGUGCUGGGGGGAGCGUCCCGCUGGCACGCCAGCUCCGCGGCACUGAGCCCUGGCGGGGGCUGCAGCAGGCCUGGAUAGGGAUUUGGAGCACUUUUUGCUCCCCCCACCCUGCUCCGGGGGCCCAGCAGUGCCCGGCCGGAGAGGACGGAGAGGCGGCAGCGGAUUAACAAAUCCCCCUUGUGCCUGGGAAUUUGCCGGCGGUGCCUGGCGCUCGGGAGCAUCCGUGCAGGAGGAGAGCUCCCGCUUCCCGGCGUGCGGGGAGGAGGGGGGGGGGCGGCCCCCGGUGCCGCCGCGCAGCCUUCCCCAGCCCCGCGCGGCCGCGGCUGCGCCGGCAGCAUCUCCGCCCGGCCGGGCAUCCUCCCGCCGGCCCCCGCGCGCGGAGCGGAGCCGAGCCGCCCCGGCGCGACAGGCAGCGCCGGCCCCCGCUCCCUGGGGACCGCAGCCGGUCCCCGGCCACCAUGGUGGUUUUCCUGGGCAGGAACCUCCCCUCGCUCCUGGCUUUCUUCAAGAAGAAGGGCACCGCCAAGCCCGACAACGCCAAGCGGCUGAGCGCGCCGUACCCGGCGGCGGACGAAUGCCCCGACAACGUCUUCUUCCCCAGCGCGCGCCCGCCGCACCUGCAGGAGCUGCACAGCCAGGCGCAGGCGGGGCUCAAGUCCCUGCAGCACCAGGAAAAGCAGAAGCAGACCAAAAGUGCCUGGGACCACGGAGACACCAACAGCCUCCAGUCCUGCGCCUCCUCGGAGGAUGACAGCCUCUCCUUCCGGAGCCGCACGGCCUCUUGCGCCACGGACAGCACCUCCGAGGAUGCCCUGUCCAUCCGCUCCGAGAUGAUCCAGCGGAAAGGUUCCACCUUCCGGCCCCACGACUCCUUCCCCAAAUCUUCGGAGAGGUCUGGCAAGAAGAGGAAGGAGAGGAGGACGACGGUGCUGGGCAUCCCCCAGCACGUCCAGAAGGAGCUGGGUCUCCGGAGCAGCCGGGAGCCCAAGGGACAUCCCGCCGAUGGCCAAGGGCAAGGCGGGCACGGGGGGAGCCCGGGCGGCCGGGUGUCGCGGCCCCUGCUGAACGGCGGCCAGGUCUCUGGUGACUCCAUCCGCAUCCCCACCAUCGACGGGAAGCUGCCGCCGCCGGCCGCCCCCGGCGGAGCCCGCGUCUCCCUGGGAGCCUUGGAGGAGGCGGACGCGGCCCUGCAGAAGCACAUCGAGCGGGUUUACUACGACGACACGCUGCUGGGCAGGAAGACGGCGGCCAAGCUGUCGCCCAUGGCGAGGCCCAAGUCGCUGGCCGUGCCGGGCAUGACCACCAACGCCCCGGAGCUGCUGAGCCCCGUCAUGUCCAUCUCGCCCCAGGGCACCUACAUGUCCAAGAUCAUCCCCAACGCCAUCCUGCCGCCCAUGGUGGACGUGGUGGCCCUGACGCGGAGCAGCGUGCGGACGCUGAGCCGCUGCAGCCUGGUGUCCAGCCCGGCCUCGGUGCGCUCCCUCGCCCGCUUCUCGGAGCGCAGCGCCCGCAGCCGCGAGCCCUCCUCCUCCAGCGACAACUGGAGCCACUCGCAGUCCACGGAGACCAUCGUCUCCAACAGCUCCACCAUCUCCUCGCAGGGCGGCUCCGACCGCCGGCAGGCCGAGACGGGGCCCCGCGGCGAGGGGGAGCCGGCCGCCCGCGCCGACCGCCUCGGCGUCCCCGGCUCCGCCAGCCCGGCCGGCUCCGGGGCGGCCCGCGGCCUGCUGACGGCGGGGCCCCGCGGCGCGGCGGGCGGCAGCGGCCGCGCGUCCCCCGCCUGCAGCACCGGCAGCCGGGCCGAGGGCUCGGACACGGCCAGCCUGGCGAGCGAGCGCUCCUCCGCCCGCAGCGUCUCCCUCAGGAAGAUGAAGAAGCCGCCGGCUCCCCCUCGCCGGACCUACUCGCUGCACCAGAGAGCGGAGGGGGAGCCGCGAGCCGAGCGGUGGCACGGCGGCCCGGCGCCCGGCAGCCCGGCGGGCGAGGACGACGUCUUCUCCCCGGCCCCGCCGAGCGGGGCGGGCGGCUCCCCCGAGGCCGCGCGGGGCGGCCCGGCGGCGACGGAGCCCGCGGCUCAGCCCAAGUGGAGCUGCCCGGACGGCUCCGACCGCACCAUGUCCCCCUCCAGCGGCUACUCCAGCCAGAGCGGGACGCCCACGCUGCCGGCCAAGGGGCUGGGCCCCCCGCCCGCCUCCCCGAGCCGCGCCCGCGCCCAGCCCCGCAAGCCCGAGCGGGCCUGCUCGCUGCAGUCGCCCGCGCUCUCCGGCUCGUCCUCCCUCACCUCCAUCUCCUCCUCGGCCUCCGACCCGGCCCCCGCCGAGACGCCGCCCUGCGCGCGGAGCCGCUCCGACCGCUUCGUCAUCCCGCCGCACCCCAAGGUCCCCGCUCCCUUCUCCCCGCCGCCCUCCAAGCCCCGGCAGCCCCUCGCCGCCUCUCCGGACCCCCAGGACCCUUCGACGGCAGCCAAGCCCGGCGGCAAGUCCCCGCCGCCGUCCCCGCCGCCCGCCUACCACCCGCCUCCCCCGCCGGCGAAGAAGGCCGAGGCGAGCCCGGAGCCCGCGUGCGAGGCCCCCACGGACGCCGCGUGGCCCCCGCCGCCGCCGCCGGCUCCCGAGGAGCAGGACUUGUCCAUGGCAGACUUCCCCCCUCCGGACGAGGCUUAUUUCUCCAGCCUGCCCCUGCCCGAGCCCCAGCUGGCCGCCGCGGCUCCCCGCAGCGACGCCUCGCCGGAGCCGCCGGCCGGGCAGAAGCGGGCGCCGAGCCCGGGGCUCCGGCCGGCGGCUCCGUCUUUCUCGGCCACCGUGUCCUCGCGGAUCCAGCAGCAGGGCCCGCCGGCCGGGACGGCGCCGCUGGUUUCCCCCGCCGAGCCGGCUCCCGAGGCCGCCGCGUCGCCCGGCAAAGCCACCGCCGGGCCGGCCGUGCCCCCCGCGCCGCCUCUCCCGCCGCCCGCCGCUCCGGCUCCACCGACCCAAACCAGCCUUAAGAAGGUGGCGAACGGCUCCCGGGCGGAGGCCAGGAAGGAGCCGGCGUCCCGGAGCAAGAGCGGCCCGGCGCCCAAGGAGGACGCCAGCCUGCCCAUCGUCACGCCCUCGCUGCUGCAGAUGGUGCGGCUGCGCUCCGUGAGCGUGGAGCCGCCGGGCCCCGGCCCCCAGGAGCGGCCGGCCCAGCCGGUGCCCCAGAAGCCCGUCCGCCGGGCCCUGUCCCUGCGGCAGCCCUCUCCUCCCAAAGACGCGGUGCCUUCGAGCCAGCUCCACGACGCCGUGCGCCUCAAGGCCGCCGCCUCGUCUUGCGGCGAGGCCGCGGAGCCGGCGUCUGCCAGGCCGGCCGAGAAGCCCCCGGGCAGCAAGGCGGCUCUGCCGGGCCACGAGGGGCCCCCCGGGGACGGCCGGGUCUCCCCGCCGCACAAGUCGCCGGCCUCCACCGCCAGCUUCAUCUUUGCCAAGAGCUCCAAGAAGCUGGUGAUCGAGACGCCCUCGUCCCCCGAGGCGCAGGCCGACCUGAAGAGGAACCUGGUCGCCGAGCUGAUGAAUUUCUCCGGGCAGCGCUCGGCCGCUCCGGCCCCGCAGGGCCCCGGCAAGGCGCCAGCACCCCGGAAGCCCGGCAAGAUCCCCCCUCCUGUCGCCAAGAAGCCUUCGCUCGGCCCGGGGCCGGCUCCGUCGCCCCUGAGCCCCAAGGCGCCGGGCUCGCCCUUGCCGGACGGGAAGGCCAAGGCGUUCUCGGCGGAAGAGCGCAGGACUAAGAGCGAGGCGGCGGGGAACGCGGCCCCUGCAGCCGAGGGCGGCACCGCGGGGUCCCCCACCACGGAGACGCCAGCGCAGAGCCUUCCUGCACAAGACAGACGGGGAGAGACAGCUUGAAGGACGGAGCUGCAGGACUGGUGCCCCCGCGGACAGGAAUCCAAAUCUCUCAGGGACCUGGGCAGGUCAAUGGACGAGUGUGGAACUGGCGAUUAACUUAAUACAGGAAGCAAACAGCCUUAGCCUCCACGGCCUUGAUGAUAUUUAUGCAAAAAUGGUGUUGGUUUUACUUUCCUAAGUACUACAGCUUUAUUUUGCAUUUUUUUUUUAUUGGACUCGAGGCCUGUGCUCAGAGCCAGCACCUCCUCCCUGCCGGGCUGCGGCUUGGUUUGAGCGUGCGGAGCAGAGCAGCCACGCAGAGAGGAGCGCGGGGGGCUGAAGACGCACCGCCCCGCCAGCCGGCAAGGACGCGGGAGGACGCGCGGUCCUGCCUGGCCGGGGCUCGGUUUCGCAGCUGGAGGAGCCGCUCCGCUCCCGGCCAGCCGGGCCCGCGAGGAAUCAAAGCACUUUGGACGAGGGAACUGGAAGGCUUCAGCCACAGCACAGCGGAGGCUCAGCUGGCCCUGGUAGGACUCGGACAGGAGCAGGGGGGCUGGACGGAGGAGCUAACGCCAGUGGCGCUGGCUGGGUGGGAGCCCGGGCUCAGCAGCACUGGGGGCUGCCUGUGGCGGGAGCCACACUGGGUGGAGGGGGAGCCCGGCUGCCCCGCGAGCUGGUCUUGAGGCCCUGGGCUCUGGGGUAGAGCCUCGAUUUCUGUUUCUGUAAACUUGGGUCACAUUUUGAUUUCUUUGAUUGUAAAAAAAAAAAAACAAACAAAAGCAAACUACCCUCUGCCGCCGAGUAGCGCUGCUCAGAGCUCUGUACCUGGCUGGUAAAGAUGAUGACCAAA